AAGGGCGUUAUCGAUUACUGAAUCGAAAAAAAGAUUGUACUAUAAAGGUUUUUACUAGAAUUAAUGUGAAAGAGCUAUCGUAGAACAUCACCGAAUUUGGAGGAUAGUAUUCCGAAGGUUUUUCGUAAAAUCCAAGUAACUCUAACUAAAAUUGUAAGAUCUCAGAGUACAGAUUUGAGAGAUUCAGGCUUGAAGCGGACGGUGAGGUUUAGCGCGAACGAUUGGUCGCGGAUACAGUGCGAUCGUACAACCUGCUUGUAAUUCUUUCGUGUCUUGCUACUAUGAUAAAUGUUUGAGCCAUACGUCGUUAGAGUAAUACCAAUUAUGUGACCCGAAGAAAGCGCAAAUCCCACCUCUGUUUAUGAUCAACACGUGGACAGAUCGUUCAUCCUGUUUGUAACGUAAAAUAACUGGAGGAACUGUCGUUGUUGGUAAACGAUCACCAAUUUUAAGAAAUUUCGACCGAUCGAAAUUCUAAGAAACGCACGAUUAGUUGUGCGGAUAUUUUGUGUUGACAUUUUUUCUAUUCGAGUAAGAUGAAGUUACAAGGACGAAUGUUUGGUAUAUCGUAACUGGAUCGUGGCUACUGCGGAAAUUUUGGCGGAACUGGUCGAUACGAAAACUCAUCGAGGAGAAGAGAUCUGUACCCUCCUGUUCGUCGACGGAUUCAUGUUGGUCGAGUGCGAUCGGCGAAGUGCUAAUGGAAAACAUUCUCUGGCCGAUCGUGAUGAGAUUGGAAGGGUUAAUGGGCCGCUGAACGACGGUAAUCGGUUUGGAAUCGUGAAUUCUUGCUGAUUAAUCACUGACACCGCACUGUGACCAAUUGUGGUUCUUUAGCUUUCGGUUUUAAGCUUCCUCCAAGUCGACUUGUUUUUUCCCGUGUUUGGAAGAGCAAAAGGAAACGAAUUGCGCCACUGAUUCCUGGUCGUAAUCGGAAAUUAUGAGGUGGCUGUGGAUUAUCGUUCUAAUAGCUCUGGCGCUGCCAGCGGCUGUGCCUCGGAAGACGCAUCGUAGCAAGCCGACACCAAGGCUGUAUGGGGACAGAGUGCCUGUCAAGCUACUAAGAACGAACAGCGGCAGGGUCCGACAGAAGAUCGUCGACACGCAUAACUAUUUUCGCACGCAAGUCAAUCCUCCAGCGGCUAAUAUGCUCGCCAUGAAGUGGCAUCCAGGUUUGGGUAAAGCUGCACAGAAAUGGGCUAAUCGAUGCCUCGGUUUGGUACAUGACAAUGCAACCGGCCGAUAUUUGGAUGAUUUCGGGUCGAGUGGGCAAAAUAUCUUCAUUACAACGAGAAGGACGCUAUGGAAUUUCGCUAUCAGAAUGUGGUACAUGGAAUAUAAAGAUUUCAAAUACGGCAACGAAGAAGUCAACGAUUAUCGCAAAAUCGGCCAUUACACUCAAAUCGUGUGGGCCACCACACAUUUAGUAGGCUGUGGCGUGAGUCAUUGCACUGGUGGCAAAGGUCCACUCGGCAAGGACUUUUUCAUGUAUGUGUGCAACUAUGCUCCAAGCGGCAAUUACAAAGGUCAACUUAGCCGUCCUUACGUGGCGGGCAAGCCGUGUAGCAUGUGCAAGGACCACUGUUCGUACAACAAGCUGUGCACAAACGCCUGCUACUACAACGAUCUUUGGUCGAACUGCGCCGAAUUGGUCAGGACGUUUCGUAACUGGGUCUGCGAGACGAACACGAAAGAGGGCCGCGAACGACGAAAGUUCUGCGGUGCCACGUGCAAUUGCAAGGACAAGAUCUACUAUCAUCACGGGUAGUGAACGAUCGUCAACGCGGCUCUUACACCCUUUUCUUCGCACCGGUUGAUCGAUCGUCGUUACGCUACUUAGAAGGGAGAAGGUCGACGAAUCCUGCACGAGGUACGAAAUUAUUUUCAAGCUGUUCCACCCAGCGGGAUAGCGAGUGAAUUAAGGUCUGAGGUUCAGUUUGGUUACGGUGGCGGUUUGCGGGUUUUCGUCGAUCGCUGCCUUCGUUUCGUAGCACGACGUUCUACGUAGAUUCAUUGCGGAACAAAGGGAAAUUGAAAUUCUGUGAUGAAAGCGAAGAAAAUUAGCGGAGUUCUUUGUUUGAUUGAACGAAGGCUGAGUUUGAUCGAGCAAGGGGGUGUCUCAGCCUCCCGUAGAUUGCAUCGUAGAUUUUUAUACAUUGUACGCUGUUAACUAUUCAAAAUUGGUAAUGAAGAGAUAUGGGGAUAAUGCGCAGGUUGCGACGGAGUUUAUUAGAGUGGAAUGAUCGUAAUGUUUCAAAUAUUUUAUAUUCGGUGUAUUUAGUUAAUACGUGAUACACAAAAUAACAGAAACAUUAAUACCAUUUCGUGGAUGUGAAAUGUACGUUUGUAAAACCAUCUGUUUAUUAAAUACGUAUAUAAUCUUUGUAAUAGAAUGGUUAAUUAAACGCUCAGAAAGUUUCUAUUUGAACAUUGCCGAUCAUUACAUGAAUUUAUAAAACAUUUUUUGUGUAUAUUUGUUAACAUCUAAUACCGAUUUUGAAUGUUAUUUUUAUAAUCUUAAUUACUGCAUAUAUAAUCAGAUAUUGUUUAUACCAAAUUAGAUAUAUAGACGUAGACAUAUCAGAUAUAUCGUUACUUAUACUUAUGUAAGAAAUAAUUUUCAUAUCAUUUGUCAGUGUCACUAUACAGCGACAGUUCAGUACAAAGGGUUAACAACCCCUUAGCUGCAGAGUAAAUAUUUUAAAAGGAUGUUUCGUUUGAAAAUGGGAAGCUGUAGAGCAGGGAGGAAACGGAGGGCAAUCAAAAAGCAGACGAGAAAGUAAAUUGAACUCGAUGAAUUCGUUUCCGGUGCCCGAGAAAAACUUUAAACAUUCCUCAAGUUUAAUAUGUCGUGUCGUAUCGAACAUUCUUGAUACAGCCUGAAUACCGGUGAAGAUACUGCAGGUCAUAAACGUGGCUGAAACAUGCAGAGAGAUUCAAUUCAUUCGUUAAUUAACUGUCCAUUGGUAAACUGUAAUUAUCUGAAAUAUCUUUCUACUAAGAACAGAGUUAACUCUUUAUAACCAGACUUCCCUUUACUUGCAAUUUAAAAUCAAGAUUAAAAUACUUUAUUUCUAGUAAAAAGUUCCAAUAAUAAGAUAUUAAAUUGCCUAUUUAUUCAAACGUCAAACGUAAAUUGAAUAAAUUUUCAACAAUCUAUCCUAAACAUAUAGUUAAUACAACGGCAUUGUUUUCUCCGCAUAGUUCAUGGUUUUCAUUCGGUACGAUUAACACAGGCGAUCGAAAGACAAUUUCCCUUUGCUCCGUAAUCAUCCUCGACAACGUCGUCCCGGAAAUUUACUCUAUUUUCUGCGAACGUCCUCGUGGCUCGUCUUUGAACCUUUGUCUGAGGUGCCGGUUGAAAGGAAGCCCUAAAGGCGAACCGCGAGGGGCUGAAUGGCUCGAGAAAUGGACGAGGGAUGAACCGAAGUCCCGCGAAACGGAGAGAUCAGGCGAAUCCUUUUGAUAUUUGUAAACGAUAAGAGUGUCUAUAUAGACGUGCAUGCAGUGUGUAAAUACGUGUAGGUAAGCGAAAACUUCAUAGGUGAACCAUGGUGGGUGUUUCUCGGUGCUGUAUUAGAUCGUCGUUUGAUUCCGGACGUUCGGAGAGCUGUCGAUAAAAGUUAUUAAUUUUCUAUUAACUGGUAAUUAAUUUUAUAUGGGAAAGACCGGUGUGGUUGUUCUUCUUUUUCCUUAGUUAAGAAUAAUUAUAGGAUAUCAAGUGCUGAUUUUUAUAGUUGAAGAGUGAAAUUGAAUAAUUAAGCUCAUGUAUUGUUUUUUAUUUUCUGAAGUAUACGCAUGAAAAUGAAUAAUGACUUUUAUCGGAAAGCUUGUACGUCGCCUAAACGUGGGACUAAAAAUGUAUGAACAUUACCGAAACCCCUAUCUUAAACGUGUUUAGCGAUAUAAGUUAUACGAUAGCCAGUGUAUGCACAGAAUCACGACGCUACAAUUAAUCUCGUGAUUUCAUUCAACGUUCAAUUCUGACGGAGCGUUUAGUCACUCUUUCGAGGACUUAUGAAUGCAACCAUUUUCAAUCUCAAAAAACAAUUUCAAACAAAACAGAUAGUUAUUCUAUGAUAAGAAUUGUAAGCGAAUUUGGACCUUUACAUAUCCAUUCAGACAAUUAUUAGACAAUAGGGAUUUUAAUUCCAGCAUCGUAUAAAUUAUUAGGACCAUCGUUUAAAUCAAUCCGUUUUUAAGAAGAAAAAAAGAUCCAUUUUGUCGAAUAUAUUGCUGCAUUCACAAGUGCUCGAUGACAAAAUGUACAUGUUAUUUGUAAUACUCUGAAGAGAGAACUUUUCUCAGCUAGAGAAGUACUAACUUAUGCUUGUGAUUAUGAAAGUAGCCUAAUUUUUGUCGAGAAACGCUUCUGCAAGAAAUAUUUCCUUUCUAAGCUUUUGUAUAUUAAGUAUAUUUUCCCUUUGUUGCCUCAUCAUUCUACACGAAAGGCUAAGAAUGCAUUCUUUUACUGUAUUUCUAAUAUGUUAUCUUCUGUAUUAAUCUUUAUGUUAGCCUUCCGAGCGAACAUUAAUUUUACUCUUUAGGCCACUUUAUAUAAUUACAGGCAAACUCGUUCGCUCUCGAUCGAUCGAUUUCCAAAAGUGUAUAUCCAACGUCCUCCUAGAAUUCGUUUGUUACUACGUUUACGAAGAUACUAUUAUAUUUUUCAUCUCGUUUCACGGUGUUUUCAUUGAUAAUUAUAGCAUGUGAGACGUAUAAAAGAGAAAGAAAUGUUAUAGAACAACGUUGAAGAUUUGGGAAUGAAUAGCGUAUUCUUCGGACUUUUUUGAAAGUCGCGUCGAAAUGCGAAACGCGAAUCGGGGUGGAAAUGGUGCGGAGUGCAUAGUUCGUAAGGUAUUACGUAUAAUUAAGGAGAAUAUAUGCGGAUGUACACGUGAGACAUAAAUGCUGUGGAUAAAAUAUAAGACACAGUUAAUUGGGUUGACGAUUAGAUGAGAGGUUGAUUAAUGUUACACGUAACGAUGUAAUACGAGGCUCUCAGUUACGCACACAUCCUCGAUCGAAAACGUUGUAAGCUGUCAUACUUCGUUCACUUACCGAAAUAAAGAUCCUGUAAAUAUUAAAAGG